CGAUGACACUCGAUGCCUCAUCGCUUUUCCGUUCGUGAUUCUCGGAGCGUCUAGUAACGUUGCGAGGGUAUCACGGGGGUUGGGGGUGGUGAGAUCAGGUGAAAUCUAUUGAGUUGCAGUCGAUGAAUCGAGACGCCUAAGAGAGCUUCGCACGGAGGAAGGCAAAACAAUUCGGACGUCGUCGAGAUGGCCGACAACGAACAGAAGGCGUUGCAACUGGUAGCGGAGGCCGAGAGGAAGCUGUCGUCAUCGAAGGGCUUCUUCGGCGCUCUGUUUGGGAGUUCGUCAAAGGUCGAGGAAGCGGUAGAAUGUUAUCAACGGGCGGCGAAUAUGUUCAAGAUGGCAAAGAAGUGGAGUUUGGCUGGAAAGGCAUUUUAUGACGCGGCAGAUUUACACGCAAAGGCGGGUAGUCGUCACGAUGCAGCUAAUAACUAUGUAGAUGCUGCUAAUUGCUUCAAAAAGUCCGAUACAAAUGAGGCCAUCAGUUGCUUGUUGAAAGCUAUUGAGAUUUAUACAGACAUGGGCCGCUUUACAAUGGCAGCGAAACAUCAUCAAAGUAUAGCUGAACUCUACGAAAGUGAAGCAGUCGAUCUGGAACGUGCGGUGCAUCAUUACGAGCAGGCCGCUGACUAUUUUCGCGGCGAAGAAAGUAACUCCUCUGCAAAUAAGUGUCUUCUGAAAGUCGCGCAAUAUGCCGCGCAACUUGAGAAUUAUGAUAAAGCUAUUACAAUUUACGAGCAGGUCGCUUCUGCAUCAUUAGAAAGUUCUUUAUUAAAAUACAGCGCCAAGGAAUAUUUCUUCCGUGCAGCGUUGUGCCACUUGUGCGUGGAUUCGUUAAAUGCUCAGCACGCGAUCGAGCGUUAUCAGGAACAAUAUCCCGCUUUUCAGGAUGCUAGAGAAUACAAACUGGUGAAGACAUUGAUAGAGCAUUUGGAGGAUCAAAACCUAGAAGGUUACACAGAAGCAGUGAAGGAAUACGAUUCAAUUUCAAGAUUGGAUCAGUGGUAUACAACAGUAUUGUUACGUAUAAAAAAGCAAAUUAACGAUAAUCCGGAUCUACGCUGAUCAGUUGUUUCUUACCUGUGUUAUUUUUUGGCAACGAUAUUCCCAGACUAUGCAUAUUCGUUUUUGAGUCACGCUCUACUUUUAGUGAAAACUAUAAAGUAGUUUCAUUUUUAUAUUCGGAUGUAAUCGCCCAUAUUGUAUCAUUACCUAAUGCUCUCGGCAAUUUUUCUUAUUUAUCUGUAUGUCUUUUAAAUUGCUAAAAGAAUCCAUGAAAUCAUAGAGAAUCACGGUAUGCAAGAAUGUGAGAGACGAUUAUUUCGAACGUCAUAAUUCUUAUUUAGUUUUUUUUUUUUUUUUUUUAUUUAUUAGAGAAACAUCGAGCCUUACUACUAGAUGUAUUAGUGAUAUAAUAUUUUUGUUAUAAAAUGCCUAGAGUCUUUAUUUUCCUUGCGUAUUUUGUACGUUUCAUUUUUCUUUUCAAAUUGAUAACUCUUAAGAUCAAGAUUGUUAUAGACUUUAGGUUUAAAAGCCUAAAUAACAAACUACAAACAUACUAGACCGACAAAUUUCUUAUUCUUUCCUGCUUCCAAAUAAUUUUACAACAAAUAUUUUCCUGAUUAUGUCUUUUUCUCUUAUUUGAUAGCAAGGAGCAUGCGCUGUAUAUUAUUUAAAUGUAUAUAAUCUGUAUUUAUUGAAGCAAUAACUUUCCCUUAGCUUUUUAAAAUACGGUAGUUAACAAGAUUUUAUUUCUUUUCCUUUCUCUUUCUUUUUCGGGAUAUUUUACAGCAAAAAAUUAUGUUCAAACGUGAUUUCAUUAUUUGUCACUCUUGCACUGCCAACGUAUUAAAAUAACAAGUGUAGUGUACAAUCUAAUUGAUAUAAUUGACAAUUUUUCUCUUCUUUCUGCCCCUUUAUCUAUAGUUCUCUCUCCUUCACCGAUUUUCUCUGUUUUCUAUUUAAUUUGAAAAUACAGCUACUACUUGUAUAGAUUUACAGCUUCAAAUUGAGCGACACAUGAUUAGCGUAACACACGAAUACAUAUUCCUUCCCAAUAUCGAACUACUCGUCGGUAUACAUAAUGUUUUCCCGCAAUAAAGUAGUGUUGUAUCUAAUCUAAUUAGUACUUACCGCCUACAAAUAAGCGUACUCUUACAAAAAAAAAAAA